AUGGAGCCCAUCAUCAUAGACUCCAGCGACGAGGAGAACAUGGCUCCAAACGGGCACGACGACAGGCCAGCGACCACCCGCGACCCCCGGCUACGCCCUGGCACGCUGUACGCCGGGAGGCUCACAAGGUCAUGCCCGACGGGAAUACGCCAGACCCCGGGCCCGGUACGAGUGACAACAUCCUCGGAUCGGCCCACCGCGUCUAGGACAUCAUCCCGCCGGGCAGCGCCGCGCCCUGUACCCGAGUCCUCGGAUGAGUCACCACCAGCAUCGCCACCGCAGCGCGUCGCGCCACCAACGCCCCCACGCCCCUUGGGCCGCUCCAUCUCCCCGUUUUAUGUAGACAACACUGGGCGCCGGAUUCCGUGUUCCGAAGCUCCGCCGGCCCGACUGGACUUCUUGAACCCGGAAUACACGGGACCCUAUCGAGGAUACCAGAACCCGGGUGCGCCGGAUCACUCUCAAUGCCGGUGUAGCCCUCGUCCACAGGACCCCGAGACGGACACGGAGGGUGAAGAAGAGGAGCCACGAACCCCCAGUCUGGCUGCCUCUACGCGCGACGAGGAUUUCCUAUUAGAGGACAUCACCGACAGUGACGCCACGCCCCCAUAUCCCGGGUACCACGGAGAGGGAGCCAGCGAGCAGGACGACGACGCCCAAACCAUAAGCAGCGAGCUCGACGAUGACGCCUCCUCGGCGGCGCACUACCGAUGGGAGGGAGAGGACCGAUGCGGCUACUGGCGGGGAUCGUGGAUCCAGUUGAUCCACACCCGCUAUACCUCGACUUUCAUCGAGGCCCCUUUCCGGCCGACUCCUGACCCCAUCAUCACCUUUCCGCCGUCACCCGAGAGGCUAUGUAUGCUGGCCCCAGACGAAGACUGGGAAAUGGACGCCGGAAAUGCUCCCGAGGUCCACCCGCCGUCGCCAGCACUGGGGGACGAUGCGGUCCUACCCAUUUUCCACGGCGACCAGGCAGACGACCACGCCCCACUGGCGUCCACGAGCCAAUGCUCGCCCCACAUCGGCGACCGGGCAGACGAUAACGCCCCACUGGCGUCCACGAGCCAAUGCGCGCUCCUCAUCACCGACGAGGCAUACGACCACGCCCCACUGGCGUCCACGAGCCAAUGCGCGCUCCUCAUCACCGACGAGGCAUACGACAACGCUCCACUGGCGUCCACGAGCCAAGGCACGAUUCACACCGCCGACGAGACAGACGAGCAUGGCUACCAGCCCACCGGAAAGGCUAUGCAGUGGGAGUCCGAGUCUAGCGACAGCGAGACGGAGACUGGACAGAGGUUCCGACGCAAAGAGGUGCAACCCCUGCCGCCGCCAGACGUUUCCGCACCAAGCCGCCAACCCUCGGCUUACCGCCGUGUGAUAUCUACCAAGAGGAACACGCCGCCCAAUGCUGCCGAGACCAACCGCCGAGCAUCGACCCACAGCCGCGCCACGAUCGACGAGGAGGUCACUCCACCGGCCACCCCACGUGCCGGCCCCGGAGAUCGCGGAAUCGACCUCUCUCCAGGCACGCUGGACGUGUUGAUGGAAGACCUCGAGCCUGCAGUGGAGGGAUUAGUUCAGGAGCUAAUCCCAGACUGGGACCUGAUCACACCCCCGACAGCGCCAGCCCCGGCCACCGCCGCGGACGAGGCCCCUCCUCCAGCACCACGCUUUCCUCGCCAAGUCCCUGUGGACGCUUACUACACCACCGAUGACCCAAUGCCCGAACGAGUCGCCAUCCCAGCCGCUUGGUGGACCAACACCCCCGACCAGCGGGUCCCACUGCCGGUCUGGCAAGAGAUCGAGCGCCGAUGCUACGCCGCUCGCUACAGCCGCCAACGCUUCCGCGUCCGCACCCAGGAGGGCCCCUACCAGGUCACAAUGAAGACAUCAGGAGAGGUCCAAAUUCGUUCGGUUCGGCGGAGUAGGGAGGGAGUGUGA